CUCUCCAUCCUCCCUGUCCUCUGCUUUCUCUCUCUAUGUCUGCUGCUUUCACUACAUUUUCUUUUUCUCUUUCUCUCUGGCUUGUCCAGGAUAGAUUUUUUUGUGAACCUUUUUUUCAAUCCUCCGCUGUUUGGCCUGUUCAAGAAGGCCGCUUGGAAGCUUAGUACAUUUCUGCUCUUUUCUUUUUCUAUCAUCAGCCUCUUCACAUUUUUCUAUGAGGCUCUAGCAUCCGUUUUUUAACAGGGAAAGAAAAUGCCACGUUCCUUUUUGGUGAAGCAGCCGAAGGUUCACGAUUUCUCAUCUUCCAACUACUACCAUCAGCAGCAGCAGCACUGGGACGACUCUUAUACUGUGACACAUGCCAUCACAGACUCGGCCACUAACUUGGCGGUGCGUUUGAGUGGAAAUGGCUACAUCCACGAUUACAUCAUCCCCUCAGUGUUGCAAAGCACAAAGGAGCCAGGUCAUGAGCAGACCGGGCUCUCCUCAGUGCCCCUGUACUCCCCAGGUGGCAGUGGCGGGGAAGACUUCUCUGACCACGACAUGGAGCAUCCGGACAGUCCCGUCUCCUGUGGCACAGUGGAGUCAGACAGUAGCGGCCCUGAGUUGGAGGCGUGCGGUAUCAACACCUUCCUCGUCUCUGAUGGCCGCUCCCGCAGGAGGCCAGACCAGAGGUGUCCCUGCAAGGGAGGCAGCCAAUCGGACAGCAGCGAGGGUGUCAGCUCAGCAGACUGCAGCCCCACAAAAGGGAAAUCCAAAGGGCGCCACAUGUGCGGGGAGUGUGGCAAGUCUUACGCCACAUCUUCCAAUCUGAGCAGACACAAGCAGACUCACCGAAGCCUGGACAGCCAGCAGGCAAGGAAGUGUCCAAGCUGCCAUAAGAAGUACGUGUCCAUGCCGGCGCUGGCCAUGCACAUGCUGACGCAUGACCUGAAGCACGAGUGCACGGUGUGUGGCAAAGCCUUCAGUCGACCCUGGCUCCUGCAAGGCCACAUGAGGUCCCACACCGGGGAGAAACCAUUUGCCUGCGCCCACUGUGGCAAAGCCUUUGCCGACCGCUCCAACCUGCGAGCCCACAUGCAGACGCACUCGGCCUUCAAGCACUACUCCUGCAAACGCUGCCACAAAAGCUUCGCACUCAAGUCCUACCUGAACAAGCACUAUGAGUCCGCCUGCUUCAAAGGGCUCCAACCAGAGGACGACUGCAGCUCUGAGGACUGAUAGGAAAAUAUUAUUUUUCAUUUCUAUUUAUACACUUUUUAAUAGUCAUACAACAAAGUCAGAGAAAAGCUAGACAUUUCUCAGGCUUGUCACAUGCAUGCAUCCCAAUCCUGCCUUUUGAUAAAAGCAAUAACCUCCCUAAAUAAAUUAUUCAGGAAUUAUGUAUGAAAAUAAUCAAAAUCUCAGUGUUGAUCACAAAUAUAAAAUAUUUUAUAUUGUUUUUUUAUAAAUUGAAUUGCAAUAAUUUACAUACCAGUAUUAUUUUAUAUGCCAACUAGCUCUUAAUUUACCUCAAACAUAUCUUAUUCGUUAAAAAAAUUAUUUGUGUAUUUAUUAAUUAAUAAUUAAUUUAU